AUGAAAAGAUCGAAAAUAGGCAAAAAACAAGACUUAGAAAGGGACAAAUUUUGCUAUAUCUGUGAAGAUAUAUCAAUUAGAGCAAACUCUGUGAUAGAAUGCUCAAUCUGUGAGCUUGCAAUUUGCAAAAAACAUGCACGAAGAAAUGAUGAAAAUUCAUGGAUUUGCGUAAACUGUGUAAGAGAAGAAAUUAAAGCCAGUUUAUUGAAUGGAGAAUUAGGAAAUAAUUUAACGCAAUUAAGAAGUGAUAUCAAAGUAUAUCAAGAUGAAAAAACUAGGAGAAGGGAAGAAAUUGCUAAACAUAAAUCAACUAUAUUAAGAUUGGAAUCACAACUUAAAACUAAUGAAAGCAAGUACGUGCAGAAGAUAAAAGCAAUAGAAGAAAAAAUAGAAAAAGAAGAAAACCGAACAUAUCUGGUCGAAAGCACCAUUGAAAAUUUAAAAGAAGUUAUAAUAAGUUCAGAAAACUCAGAAAAAGUUAUCAGAGAUCGGCUGAAUUCUAUAGAAGCUGAGAUUAAACAUAUUGAACAAAACCGCGACAACCAUAUAAAAGACAUAGAAAAACUUGAUACAGAAAGUUGUGAGCUUGGGAAUAAAAACCAAAAUAUGAUUCCCUAUAAAAAGUUAAGGACUAUCACAUGCAGAAACUGCCAUAAUGAAAUUAAAAAGAAGUUUAAAGAUCAAAUACUUGUGCUGCUAACCUUGCUUUUAUUGGGACAAGAUAUAGGUAAAAUUUUGUUUUUAAAAUAGGAAAAUUAUAUAUGGGAAUACUAGUUUUUAACAAAAUUAGUUUUGGUCUAAUUUAAUAUAAAAGGCGAAGCAGAAUAUUAUUUAAACAGUUUUCUACUGAAUUGAUUAAAGUUUUUGAUUAAUUGAAUUUAGAUUUUUAAUUUUUAAAAAAGUUAGCCCCCUUUAAAAUGGAAAAAGCUUUUUAUUCCAAUUUAAAGGGGAAGUAAGGCACAUUGCUCGAGAAAGUCUAAUUGAAAGUGUCAUGAAUACAAGAGAAGCAAUAGAGUCAAGAGAUAAAAAUGAUCCGAUAUUAGCUGAAGAAAAAAAGGCAUGCCCGAAAUGUUUAUUGAUGUAA